AUAGGCCGAUCGGAAUCUGGUGCACGAUAUAGAUUUGAGCGCUCCACCACUAGAGGCAGCAGCGAAACAUAAACAAGGAAUUUUCGGAGGAGAGAAAAAUCUGAGCCGCCAUGGUUCCAAGGGAGAGAAAGAAGGCGUCCCUGCAUGAGAAACUUCAGCUCCUUCGUUCCGUCACCAACUCUCAUGCAAUAAACAAGACCUCAAUUAUCGUGGAUGCUUCCAAGUAUAUAGAAGAACUCAAGGAGAAAGUGGAGCGGCUGAACCAAGAUGUCGCGGAUGAGCAGCAAUCUGCUGACGACCAAGAUUCCUUGCCUUUUCAGGUAAAGGUGGAGGCCCUUGAGAAGGGCUUUAUGAUCACUGUCUUCUCUGAGAAAAGCUGCCCCGGCUUGCUCGUCUCCAUACUCGAAGCUUUCGAGGAAUUGGGCCUCAACGUGCUGCAGGCCCGGGUUUCUUGUACGGACACCUUCAGAUUGGAAGCCGUGGGGGGAGAAAACCAAGAACAGGUGGAGAACAUGGACGCCCAUGCCGUGAAACAAGCGGUGAUCCAAGCCAUCAAGAACUGCAGCGAAAACAGCGAGUGACAAACGGCCCUGCCAGCCGCGGAAUCGACCUUACAAGCCUAAUUAUUUUAUGUGUUUUCUUUUCCUUCUUUCUCCCUUUUUUUUUUCUUUUCAUGUUCUUCCUUUCCCCUAUCCCCUUCUUGGAAUGGAAUAUAGAUACUGAUCUCGAAAAGGGGUUUGGUUGAGAAAGAAUUUUAGUUAAGCAUAACGGGCGAAGAGGGGAUUAUCUCUCGCUUUUGCUAAUGAAAAACGAUCGAUAAACGUGUCAUCAAA